CCGUGGGCACGUGCGCGCUGCCGUUCCUUCCGCCUUUCUCCGGGUCAACCGGGUGGUUGUCUUGGUGACCGUUCCUAACUGUCCCCCGGCCCGGGCCCGGAGAUUCUUGAGGGCUGAGGCCGGAGUCGCUGAUUAGAGACGCCUUUGGUUCCUCCAGGUGUCUGAGGUGGGGCUGAUCCAGCCUUGGAUGCGGAAUCGUUGGCGCUUGCGAGGUAGCUUCCAGGAAUCUCCCUUUCUUUCGCGCGCAGGACACAGAUGCUAAGACGCAACCAAGUUUGGAACUGCUGCUUCUUCCCCAAAGUGAGAGAAGCCUCCCUCGUUUCUGGUCCUUUGUUCUCAGAAGACUGAUCCAUAAUAAUAAAAUGUCUCGAAAAAAUCCCAAGGAGUCAAAAAAAGUGAACAUCUCUAGUUCUCUGGAAUCUGAAGAUAUUAGUUUAGAAACAACCAUUCAUACAGAUGAUGUUUCCUCAUCAGAAGAGCGAGAGGGCAAAGUCAGAAUCACCAGACAGUUAAUUGAACGAAAAGAAAUUCUUCAUAAUAUUCAAUUACUGAAAAUAGAGCUAUCCCAGAAAAAUAUGAUGAUCGACAAUAUGAAAAUAGAUUAUCUUACAAAGAUUGAAGAAUUGGAGGAAAAACUCAAUGAUGCACUUCACCAGAAGCAGCUGCUAACUUUAAGACUAGACAAUCAAUUAACUCUUCAACAAAAGGAUGCCAAAAAAUACCAAGAACUAAUGAAACAAGAAAUGGAAACCAUUUUAUUGAGACAGAAACAACUGGAAGAGACAAAUCAUCAGCUAAGAGAGAAAGCUGGAGACAUUCGUCGACACCUGCGUGACUUGGAGCUGACAGAAGAGCAGUAUGUGAAGCUGAAAGCCUUUCCUGAAGACCAGCUUUCAAUUCCUGAAUAUGUAUCUAUUCGGUUCUAUGAGCUAGUGAAUCCAUUAAGAAAGGAAAUCUCUGAACUACAAGUGAAAAACAACAACCUAGCUGAAGAACUAAGUACAAAUAAAGUCCAGCUGAAGCAGCUGACAGAGACACAUGACAAAGAUCGAAGAAACAACUCUGAGCUUCAAAUUAGAUGUCAACGUUUGACCUUAGAAUUGGCAGACACAAGGCAGUUAAUUCAGCAAGGUGACUACCGUCAACAGAACUAUGAUAAAGUCAAGAGUGAACGUGAUGCUCUUGAGCAGGAAGUACUUGAGGUUAGAAGAAAACAUGAAAUACUUGAAGUCUCUCACAUAGCUCAAGCUAAAGAAAGAAAUGAAUUAUCCAAAGAGGUAGCCACCUUACAGCAGACAAUUACCUUACUGCAAAAGGAUAAAGAGUACCUCAGUCGUCAAAACAUGGAGCUUAGUGUGCGCUGUGCCCAUGAAGAGGAUCGCCUUGAAAGACUUCAAGUGCAACUUGAAGAGACCAAAAAGGCUAGAGAAGAGAUGUAUGAGAAAUAUGUAUCAUCCAGAGACCAUUAUAAAACAGAAUAUGAAAAUAAACUACAUGAUGAACUGGAACAAAUCAGAUUGAAAACUAAUUUGGAAAUUGAUCAGCUUCGAAGUGCCUCUAGGGAAAUGUAUGAACGAGAAAACAGAAAUCUCCGUGAAGCGAGGGAUAAUGCUUUGGCUGAAAAGGACCGAGCAGUGAUGGCUGAGAAGGAUGCUUUAGAAAAACAUGAUCAACUCUUAGAUAGGUACAGAGAGCUACAACUUAGUACAGAAAGCAAAGUAGCCGAAUUUCUCCACCAGAGUAAGUUGAAGUCCUUUGAAAGUGACCGCGUUCAACUUCUACAAGAGGAAACUGCAAGAAAUCUCUCACAGUGCCAGUUGGAAUGUGAAAAAUAUCAGAAGAAAUUGGAGGUGCUAACUAAAGAAUUUUAUAGUCUCCAAUCCUCUUCUGAAAAACGCAUUACUGAACUUGAAGCACAGAACUCUGAGCAUCAAGCAAGACUAGACAUUUAUGAGAAACUGGAAAAAGAGCUUGAUGAAAUAAUAAUGCAAACAGCAGAAAUUGAAAAUGAAGAUGAGGCUGAAAGGAUUCUUUAUUCGUAUGGCUAUGGUGCUAAUGUUCCCACAACAGCCAAAAGACGCCUAAAGCAAAGUGUCCACCUGGCAAGAAGAGUACUACAGUUGGAAAAGCAAAAUUCAUUGAUUUUAAAAGAUCUGGAACAUCGAAAGGAUCAAGUAAUGCAGCUUUCACAAGAGCUUGACAGAGCCAAUUCGUUAUUAAGCCAGACUCAGCAACCUUACAGAUACCUCAUAGAGUCAGUGCGUCAGAGAGAUUCUAAAAUUGAUUCACUAAUGAAGUGUACAGCUCAACUUGAGAAAGAUGUCAGCAAUUUAAAUAAAGAAAAAUCAGCUCUGCUACAGAUGAAGAACCAAAUGGCAUCAGAUUUGGAACAGCUUCUAAAUCAUCACGAGGAAUUGGCAGCGAUGAAACAGAUUCUCAUUAAUAUGCAUAGUAAACACUCUGAGAACGUGCUUCUUACUAAAACAGAAUCAAGAACUAUGACAGAAAAGCAAGCAUCAAAGACUUUGAACAUGCCUAGGGAAUGUGAGGAUAAUAUAUUUAUACCCAAGCCAACACUGUUUACUAAGAAGGAAGUGCCAGAAUGGUCUAAGAAGCAGAAGAUGAAGACGUAGUACUUUGUGGUGCUAGAACCAAACUCAGAGCCUCAUGUGCUAGACAAACCCUCUCCCACCAUGACACAUCGCAGCCAGGACUUAGUGCUCUGCGUGGGCGUGGUUGCUGUGUCCUUAUUUACUCCCGAAGUACUUUUUCUCAUGGAAAGAAAAGGUUCAUUUUAAUCAUGUGCUAGACAUUUUCAAAUAUACAUAAUUUAAUGUUUAUUUUAACUCAUGUUAAAUUAAUAGAUUUCAGUAAAAAGUACAAACCUCCUAUACUUUGUAUUUUACCUAUUUUAUUAUAAAAUAAAUACC